UCGAGGGAGAGCACAGCAAAAGAGAGAGUGCAAAAAGAAAGAGAAUCUUCUCUUUGUUUUGCAUUUCUUCCUUUGAUCAACAGCUUCACUUCAUCAAUCCAAACUCCCACCAAACAAACACUCAGCAGAUAUGAAUGCAGCAGUGGCAGAACCUGAAAGCAACACGGCUUCUCCUCCCAAGUUUAAGCAGAAGGAGACCAGGCAGUUUAAGAGCAAGGCUCCCAAAGCUGGACAGAAGGGAUUUGAUGAUGUCCCAGGAAUGGAUGGCCUUGGAGAUGCUGAGGUUGUCUGUCCAUGGGAGGCAUUUGGAGACAUGGAGCUGAGUGAUCUGGCCCAGUUUGGCGUAGUUUAGAACUUGUGCCAAAUGGAAAGUUAUUCCUGGUGGCUGCAAUCCAGCAGCUUUUUUUUAAAUAGAACCUCCUCACAAAUUCUCCACCAUUUUAGGUGUGAGAAAUGAGUCUGACAUUGAUACCAACUCGGAUGACUAAUGAGUGGAGAGGGGUUUUCCAGCCCUUGAACCCUGGAUGAGUGGAGGAACAAGCUUUUGGACAGCAGCCCCCAAGAAUGACUCCUGUCCGGUCCGAGGCUGAUGCUCUACACCUUGAAGUUUUAGCAUCUCACUGACGUCAGGAAGUUUCUGUUGUUGCCUUUUCAUCCUGUGCAAACCAACCACUGUGUAAAAGUGUAACACACUGUACCAUGUUUGGGUUCUAUUGUAGGGAUGAUUGGAAUCAACAUUUCUUCAAUUAGGAGUGUAUAGAUUGGCUUUACACCUAUAAACAAGUCACUGCAAUCAUUGUAAACUAUAUCUAUGCAUCGAUCAGUAAAAUUAUAGCAUAUACUAA